AGUCCAAUACCCUAAUUAAACCCUAGCUCGUCUCCUCUUAAUCUUUCAGCUCCCUGCCUCUUUUCCCCUUCCCUGCAAUCUCAAGCUCAACCGCCAGAAAAACUCAAAAAUGGUGAAGGGUCGUCAAGGUGAGCGCGUCAGGCUCUAUGUCCGCGGAUCAAUCCUCGGCUACAAGAGGUCAAAGUCGAACCAGUACCCAAACACUUCUUUGGUUCAGAUUGAAGGAGUUAACACUCAAGAAGAAGUAGCCUGGUAUUUGGGUAAGAGAUUGGCUUACAUUUACAAGGCUGAGACUAAGAAGAAUGGGUCCCACUAUCGCUGCAUUUGGGGCAAGGUUUGCAGACCACAUGGUAACAGUGGUGUUGUUCGUGCUAAGUUCACCUCCAAUCUUCCUCCUAAAUCCAUGGGUGACAAGAUUAGGGUUAUGAUGUACCCCAGCAAUAUCUGAGAAACUAGCAAUAAUGACAGAUGAAGUGUGGAAUUGUUGGAGGAAAGCUAUUCUGUGAAAUUCCAAGAAGAGCCAUUUUCUUGACAUUUCUAACUUGUAGUAAGAUGGUGUUAUUAUCCGGUCAUCUUUUUUUGCAAUAGAAUGUAUUGAGAUCUACAUGGCACCUGAAAUUUUGGAUCUAUAAUCUGAUAUGUUUAGUAUACUACUGCUGAUUGUCUGGUGUUAAGAAGUUACUUGCUCAUUUAUGAUCUCGCUGCCUCUCUGGCAUUACAAUAUUCAUAAUUUUUCAUUUUGUGAUGAUCUA